AUGACGACUCCGUUCCCUCUCUUACGUCUUCCAAGACUUGCAUUGAUUCCAGUUUUUGAGCACAUGAAGCCGAUUGAAAUAAUUGCGUUCUCUCUUCUCUCCAAUAAAGCAGAAAACCUGGUAAAAAUGUUAUGCAAAAUAACUGCCGGUUCUAUCGAUGUGGUUGUUAGGAGUCGUUAUCCUCGUAUCACAAUUAAUUUAGGAGAUGGCACAUUAGUGGAGCUCAGUUUGUACACGGAGAGAGGGCCAGAUGUGGGCAACAAGAUGAUUCAAAACAAAACGAUUUCAUGUGAAAAGGGGUCUCUCACUGUCGCGAAAUUGGUUGAGCGAAUUGCUAGCGUUACUAGUUGUGAAUCGCUUGAAUAUGUGGAACUCAGGGGACCUCUACAACUAGAAGUGUGCAAUACUCUCACUCAACUGACAGAACUCGGGACAUUAGCCGUCAUGGACGACUGUUCGGAUAGUUUCGCAAAGAAAGCUUUUGAAAUUGUCUCAACAGUUGCCACGGAGAUUACAUUGUACCGAAUUCCGUUCGAGACCAGACAUGAAUUUCAGAAUUUCUUGAAGAGCAAUUUGAACUCUUUGUAUUUUUACAGUUGUUUCUCGAAGUUCACUCUUGAUGACCUUCUAGUCACAAACGCACUCAAACUGAAAUUGAGACAAGUCAAGUUGAGUGCCAGAGUUAUCAGCCAAUUUCUUACAAAUUGGUUUCACAGCAAAUGCGACUCUCGACUAGAACAUCUAACAUUGCGCAUAUCUGAUGUUUUCAAUGAAACGAGAAUUCCGGAAGUACUGAACGCUGUUCCAUUUCCAAGAAACCGAGAGAGAACGUUCCGUUAUUCAAAAAAGCUAGACACUUUAUCAGAAUCGUUUCGUGGAGGAUAUGAUAUCAAAAGAACAGAUGGGAAGAAAGCCACAAUUGUAUUUGGAGCCUUUUACGGAGGGACGUUGUUUGAUUUUUACGUUUGGCCGUGUUACUCUGUUUUUCGCUUUGUAUAA